CCAUAUUCUAUCUCAAAAUCGCGGCCCCUUUUCCAUCCCUUCAUAUUACCGCUCCUCGCUCCCUCCUCCUUCGACAAAUCCUCAAAAUCCAUCCAACAAUUUUUCUUCUUAAUUCUUUGUUGUUGUUGUUGUUCUUGUGUAAAUCUUACGGAGAGUCGGAUCGGAGAAAUGGCUCAGAGGACCGAGAAGGAGGAGACGGAGUUGAAGGUACCGGAGACCAUCACGUUGUGCGUCAACAACUGCGGAUUCACCGGUAAUCCGACCACCAAUAACAUGUGCCAGAAGUGCUUUAACGCCACCACGGCCACGGCGACUACGAUAUCGUCGUCGUCUUCGAAUACUGGAAUAUCGGUGCCUCGGAAGUUGUCAGGUGAGAAAAGUUCGAGAUCUAGAUCUCGAUCGCCUGUGCUAAUGGAUUCCGUUCGCGACAGUAGCAGGAAUAUGUCCGUGGAUCGGUUCAAAUCUGAGGAAUCUGCCAAGCGUCAGGUGAAUCGAUGCUCCGGAUGCAGAAAGAGAGUCGGAUUGACCGGUUUUCGAUGCCGAUGUGGGGAGCUGUUUUGCGCUGAACACCGGUACUCCGAUCGCCAUGACUGCAGCUUCGAUUACAAAGCCGCUGGUCGCGACGCGAUUGCAAGGGAAAAUCCAGUCGUUAAAGCGCCGAAGAUCGUUAGAGUCUGAUUUGUAUAAAACGUCAAAAAAGACAAAAGAUAGAACAAUCAUAUUUGAUCUGAUAUGUCAAAUUUAAGAUCGUGGACUCGAAAGAGAAAAAUGGAAUUUCUACGGAAACGAAGGUUUUAUAAAUCCUGCAGUUUCUCUCUCGUAGAUCACAGAUCUGUUGAGAGGGAGCGAGGAAUUAGUCGUCGAAUAUCAAGAUCAUCGUGUUUGAUUGAUAAAUAUGAAUUAUCUCGUUUAUUAUUAAUUUUUCGAUUUA